UCCGGAAUUUUUUUCCCAACUCAGAAGAAAAAACGAACGUUGAAUCGCAUAUUUUUCACACGAUUUGUUACAUAUUGUGUAGCAGUGACGAAGAAUAACUUGUUUUCGUUUCGCCAUUACACUCUGCAUUUAAUUAUAUGGAAGAAAUGGAGGUGAAACAUACGGAAACAAACCGAGGGAAUAAAGCUAUUAUCGUUGAUGGCUAUGUCUACCGGAAAAUCAAUACCCUGAAAAAUGGUAACAUUGUGUACAUUUGUAGUGUGUCUAAAACUUGUAAAAAGUCACUGACAACAGAUUCUGAUGGCAUUAAUAUAGUGAAAUCAAGGAACCAACACAGCUGUAAAAACGAACCUAGCGAAAGAAAAGCCGAAGCGAGACAACUCCGAGUUCGUCUGAAAAAGCAAACCCAGGACUACAUAAAAAGUCCUGCUGCUGUGGUGAAAUCGGCAUUAUCAAGAGGUGAGGACAGCAAUCUGGAGGAUAGAGAUAUUAGGAAUGCUUCGAUGGCUUUGUAUAGACAUCGUCGGAGGAACUUGGUAACAGUUAUAGAAAGCAUAUCCCCUCCUCAAGUACAGAUAGAGAGGGUAGAUGGACAUACAAUCUCGCAAAACGGAGAGGUAAAAAUGAGCACUCUGGGAAGUAUAUUCAAGUACACAAACUGCCGCCUUAUCAGAGGUAGUGACCUAAUUACAGACGACCUCUGGGUCAGAGAUGGAAUCAUUGUCAACCCAGAGGAAAUCUUCUUCCAGGAGCGACUCUCAGCAGACGUUGUCGUAGACUGUGGAGGGGCCAUCAUAUGUGCAGGAUUCAUUGAUGUACAGAUUAAUGGAGCAUUUGGUGAAGAUUUUUCAAAUACAGACAACAUUGAGGACUGUGUGUCAAAAGUUGCAUCUGGAAUUCUGGCACAUGGAGUGACCUCAUUCUGUCCCACUAUUGUCACAUCCAGUGGAUCUACAUACAAACAGAUUGUAUUUCAGGUUGUUCCAAGAGUAAAGAAGAGAAAUGGCAGUGAGGAAGGGUCUGGCAUUUUAGGUCUGCAUUUGGAAGGUCCAUUUAUCAGUAAGGAGAAGAAAGGUGCACACGAUGUGGAUUUAAUACAGACCUUUAACAAUGGAAUGUCUGAUGUAACAAACAUCUACGGAGAUGACCUGAGUAAUGUUGCUAUAGUAACACUGGCCCCCGAGCUGGAGAGGUCGGCAGAGGUUAUCAGGGAACUUGUGUCCAGGGGGAUCAAAGUCUCUGUUGGACAUUCUGUUGCAAACUUGAUACAGGGAGAAGAAGCAGUUAACAGUGGUGCUACAUUUAUCACCCAUUUGUUCAAUGCUAUGCUACCAUUCCACCAUCGUGACCCUGGUUUGAUUGGCCUGUUGACCAGUAAACGGGUCCCCAGUGAUGUUCCGUUCUACGGUGUGAUAUCAGACGGCAUCCACACCCAUCCAGCAGCUCUCAGAAUUGCUUACAGGGUUGACCAGAGGGGUAUGGUGCUGGUGACAGAUGCUAUUUCAGCGAUGGGGCUUCCAGAAGGGGAACACAGAUUUGGUUCCCAGACAAUGGAAAUAAAGGGAAAUAGAGCUGUCAUCAAGGGCACCCAAACACUCUGUGGCAGCAUAGCAACAAUGGAAAUGUGUGUCCAGCACCUCAGGAAAUCAACAAAAUGUGGGACAGUUAGAGCCCUGGAGGCCGCCACCUUCCACCCCGCUCAUUUUCUAGGAAUCACUGACAGGAAAGGAACUCUGGACUUUGGGACCGAUGCUGACUUUAUAUUAUUAGACGACGAUCUCAAAGUUUUGUCAACCUACAUAGGAGGGGAGCUUGUGUGGAGCAGACAGGAUUCAGAAUAAUGUGUACAGAAAAUAAAUAUCUGUAUAGGAGUAAAUUUUAUUUUAUAUAUGUAUUACAAUAGAUAAAAUAUUAUUUUUUUAUUAUUUGUAUAAAUGUCUAGAGGUUUGCACUGCCUUAUACAUCGUUUAGUUAUUUUUUUAUGUUUAUUAUUUUGCUGGUGCUUUAAAGUAGGAUUUUUGUUUUAAAAAUCAAACCGUAUACAUUAGUAGUCUUAGGUACAGCAAAUUAAAAAAAGUGUUGCUUUUGCUCUUUUCACUUCUAUUAUACCUCGUAUAUGUAUAUUUUUUGUUAAAGACAUACAAUGUAAGUCAAAAUAAUUACAUGUAUAUGUAUUUAUGAUGAUAUGAUCAAUCUUGGUCUGACAUUAAUUAAAUUUUUGUUAUUCAUUAAGCAGUACUGUC